GGCUCUCGAUUUAGAUCCCUUCACGUUGGUGUUGUGAGAAAUGAGCAGGGUGCCUAAAGUUUUUGGCAAGACCUAUACGACUCCGCGGAGACCGUUUGAAAAGGAGCGUUUGGACCAAGAGUUAAAGCUCAUUGGUGAAUAUGGUCUGCGCAACAAACGCGAAGUAUGGAGAGUAAAAUAUGUCUUAGCCAAGAUACGUAAGUCAGCCCGCGAGUUGCUGACACUGGAUGAUAAAGACCCCAGACGGCUUUUUGGAGGGUCCGCUCUGCUGAGACGCUUAGUUCGAGUUGGUGUACUUCCCGAAGAUAAGAUGAAACUGGAUUUCGUUUUGGGCUUGAAGAUAGAAGACUUUUUAGAACGAAGACUUCAAACUCAAGUUUUUAAACUUGGUUUGGCCAGAAGCAUCCAUCAUGCCAGAGUCCUCAUCCGCCAACGGCACAUAAGAGUAAGAAAACAGAUGGUUAACUGUCCUGGGUUUCUGGUACGUUUGGACUCAGGAAAACACAUAGAAUACAGUACAACAUCUCCAUAUGGUUGUGGUCGCCCUGGUAAGCUCAUUUACAGUAUUUUCCUAAUUCUUCAGGUCGUGUCAAAAGGAAAAAGGAGCGUAAAGCCCAAGGUGGUGACGACGAGAACGGAAGUGAUGAAGAGUGAUUAUUAGCUUCAACGGAAUAAAUAUCGAAAUUGCA